AUGCAUGGCAAGCGUGCCGACGAGCCCGGCCUCCGAAACGCCAUCCUGGGUCUGAAGGCGGAGGGGCACCAGAUCUCUGUGCGCUGCACCUUUGACGCCGGCGACGCCGACGCCUUUGUGGCCGAGUCGCUGCGGCUCCACAACUUCAGCGGCCGCCGCGCUCUGACCAUCAUGGCCGCGGGCGGCGACGGCACUGUCAACGAGGUGGCGUGCGCGAUGCUCAAGCACGGCGCGCCCAGGGACGUGGGGCUCGCGGUGCUGCCGCUCGGCACGGCCAACGACUUCGCCUCGGCGCUCGGCAUCUCCAUGGACCCCGCUGUUGCGCUGCGCGUGGCGCUGGACCCGUCAUCCCCCCGGCUGGUUGACGUCGGCCUCGUCAACGGCCACCCCUUCCUCAAUGUCGCGCUGGCCGGCGGCGUGUCUGCCGUGCCCCAAGAGGAGCUGUCCAGCCCCCUCAAGCGGGCCCUGGGGCCGCUCGGCAUUGCCAUACACGUCCUGAAGCGGCUGGUGUUUGAGGGCCUGCCCCCCACCAAGGGCGUCACCAUCAAUGACCUGGAUGAUGAGACGCGCCACGCCACCAUCACAGGCGACCUGCUGGUCCUGGCGGCCGGCCAGUCCCGUCAGAUGGGGCGCGCCGUGUCCAUCUGCCCUGACGCACUGCUGGAUGACGGCCUCCUGGACUUCACCCUGGCCCUGGGCCACCUGCGCGAACGGGCGAGGGAGUUGGUGUCUGACGCAAGGGCGCGGGGCAUCGGGCGUGCAUCUGGCGGUGUGCGCCACGUCGCGGUGCCGUGGCUGGAGGUGACUGCGCCCGAGGGUGUGCUGAUUCCGGUCAACCGCGACGGGGAGCCGGAGGACGCCUCGACUAGGCUGCUGUUCGAGAUUCUCCCCAAGCGCCUGCUCGUCCACAUGCCCGACGACCGCCUGCUCGUCUCCGGAUCACCAGAUCGCGGCGCAGAAUCUGAUCUGGAGUCCGAGGACGGCGAGAUCACGUCUGCCGAGAAGCUGAACGGCCACGGCAAGGCCGGCGCUGCGCAUCGUCACAACCACAACCACAGUCACAGCCACAGCCACAACAAGAAGAAGCGGCCCGUCCGCGUGCGGCGCGCGGCGCUGCGGAAGCUGAUGCGCAUAGUGCAGCCAGAGGGGCGGGAGCUGCGGCUGCACGCAAACCUGCGGGCAGCGGCCCGGAAAGCGGCGUCGACGGGGCUGCUGCUGGGGUUAGGCUUCAUCGCGGGGGUGUUCUUCAGCGGCAGGCGACGCGAGGCGGAGCAGCGGCGGCAGCAGGAGGAGGAGGAGGCGCGGCGGCGGCGGCUGGUGUCGCACGCGCCGUUCGGCGGCAAGGGCGCCCGCAGCAGCAGGCGGGGCGGCGGCGGCGGCAGCGGUGGCGGGGCGAAAGGCAGGGGCUGGAGCGCGGUGCUGCCGGGUUUGGCUGGAUGA